AUGUCUGACUGGGAUGCGUCUGAUGCCGAGGAGCCAAAGAGCCCGCCCGCGCCUGUGCCAGCCGUGAAGAAGCCUGUCAAGUCUAGCAAAUGGGCUGACGAAGAUGAAGAGAGCUCUGGUCCUGCGAGUGACUGGGAGGCGUCUUCUGAUGACGAGGAGAAACCUGCACCGGCUCCUAGUGCUGCCGCACCACCGAAGAAGAAGGGUACUUUGAAGCAGAAGCUUGCGGAGAAGGAGGCUUUGAAGGCGGCCAGAAAAGACGAGAAUGGCGACGAUAUCUACGACGAAGAUGCUGUUCUCGACCCUCGCACGAAAGCAAAACUUGAUCGUGAACGCGAGCUUGCCGCUGACCUCAAUAACGCUGCGGACCUUCUUGGCUCUGCUGCUCUUGGAGGCACGACCAAUAAGGAUCUGGACGCCAUCAUCUCUGCUCAGCCCAGGACGAAAGACGACUUCGUCGCGCUGUCAAAUCGCAUCAUGGAGUUCAUCAUCAAGAAGCACUCGGACAAGCCGCUUUAUCCUGCUUUCGUCGAACAUCACGUUCGUGCCCUUGCAGAACCUUUGCGAGAUGUAGAAGUGCGCAAGGCUGCUAGCGGCCUGACAACCCUCGCGAACGAGAAGCAAAAGGCUCAGCGCGAUGCGGCAUCAGGAAAGAAGAAGACUAAGGGCGCUUCGAAGCCUGGACUUGGUUCUGCCAAGGUCGUCGGAAAGACCGUCGACACAAAUGCCUACGAAGAAGCAUUGGAUGACUUUGGCAAUGAUCCGAACGACUUCAUGUAG